AUGUUCAUAUAUCCUCAUCUCUCAAUAUCACUCCUAUCCCUCCCCGCCACCCUCCUAUCUUCUCUCUUCCUCUUCGCCCCCCUCGCUAGCAGCAGCAGCAGCAGCACCACGCAAACCGUCGUCCGCACGGUCACCGUAACCGUCCCUCCCCCGAUCCCCAGCGACGCGCCCUCCUUCACCGACCACGUCGCGUUCACCUACGCCAUCCUCAACAGCACGAACUUCCACCGCGCCGCGCACAACGCCUCCGCCGUCCGGUGGAACGCCACCCUGGCGGACUUUGCGACGGAUUACCUGUCCCUGCACUCUUCCCCUUCCCCUUCCUCGCAAAAAGAAACAGAAACUAAAAAGGAAGAAGACAAUGGGAAAGAGACCUGCGUCAUGAAACACUCCGGCGGCCCCUACGGCGAGAACCUCGCGCUCGGGUGCGCGGACGCGGGGGCCUGCGUGGACCUGUGGGCGCGGGAGUCGGGGCGGUACGACUUCGACUACCCGGGGUUCGCGGAGGAGACGGGGCACUUCACGCAGCUGGUGUGGAGGGGCACGACGGACGUCGGGUGCGGGGCGAGGCUGUGCCCGGGGAACUACGGCUGGUACCUCGCGUGCGAGUACUGGCCGAGGGGGAACGUGGUCGGCGCGUUUAGGGAGGAGGUGCGGAGGGAGAGCGGUGCUGCUGCGGCGGGGGGAGGGAGGGGGGGACAAAAGGGGAAGGGGAAGGGAGAAUGGGUUGUGGUGGUGGGCGCGGCGGUGGUUGCGUGGUGGGGGUUGGUGUGAUGAUGGCGUUUGUUUAUACUUGGGAUGCAAGUAUACCUACCAAAGACAAGAAGAAGAAAAAAUGGCGAUUGUGGGGUUGGAUUGAUUUGCUGACAUGUAUAAUCAGGGGUAUUUGGGAUUUAGCAAUGGUGGCAAAAAGGGAUACGAAUACAUAUUAUUGUACGAUUAUUGGACGGGUUUUGCAUAUAGCGGACGUUGAAUUUGGGAAGCAUGCUGCAUUAGAUAUGGUGUUAAUAUAGGUACCUGGCACCUGAAGCAAAAGGUAAAUAGCAUGGAGUUUUAGCAUAUCAGCGGAGAUGAAUUCAGGAAA